UGACACUGUCAGCAAGGCUCGUGCUGUGUGCGAGGCACUGUCAAGGAGUGGAGUCAAAGGGGCAGGCUGCUGGGCAGCGAAAUGCAGAUCAUCACAGGACCACUGGAGCCAUUGGACCAGGAGGAGCUCAUACUGUGGCUCAAAAGAGAACUUCACAAGUUGUUUUCAUGGACAUUUGUUAUGCUGCAUCGAUCACCUGAGAGGUUUGAUCAACUCAUCAAAAGGGGCCAGCAUCGUUGCUUUCCAUGGGAUACUAGUCCUGUAUCUGUUGAAGCAGCUUCUCUCUCUCUCAUUGCUCGCUUUUUCUAAGUCCACCACGAGGCGCUGCUCAACAAACGCCUCAUACUCGGCAACCUUCUUUCGCCGCUCCUGCAAAUCCAUGUCCCCUCAACAUCUAAACAUUGCACACUCCAGCAUCAGAGCGCAGAGACUCAGAUGGUGGCAAAAUGCGUUGCAAAUCAAUGACAAUGUGGAGCAGUUCUACAUUGUCAUUAGAUCUCGCGAGCCUCCAAUAGACAUGUCGCCCCACUCAGAGCCCCCUGAAAGUCCUGUGAGGGGGCAUUUUCCGAGCGCGACAAACUUCUUUUGCUGGUUAAUUUGCCCCCCACGUUACUGGAGGGGGGUAGGAUGGUCCCGAAUCGAGGCAUGUGUUUUCAAAGGUCACAAACCUUUCAAGAAGUGCUGCGAAGAAAUGACAUUGAAUUUGAGGCGCCAGCGGCAGUGGCAGGAGCUGAAGAACAUGCAGGUGGUACAAGUGGACAGGCCAGGAAGCAUGUGUGCUUAAAGUGUUUCCUGCCGGAAGGCAGAGUUCUGUAAAGGCUCUAGUUUGGAGAAGGGGGGCGCGUUCUUCGCUUCAGUGGGGCCGCUUGCAUCAGGUCGACUGUUUCAAAGAGCAGCGGCGUUCCUGCAUUCUCCGCCACCUGCUAGCCCCCCAUAAAACUAGUUGAUUACAAAUUCUUUUAUGGUUUUUGCUAGCUAGUGAGGAUGGAAGGCGCCCCAGUAAGCCCGCCUGCGGCGCCCCGGGUCCUGUUGUCUGGGAGCCCUUUGGGCCGCCUCACCACCCUUUUCAAGCGGGUGGCAGCGGUGAACAAGUCGAACGGUCCGUUUGACUUGCUGCUCUGUGUCGGCCAGUUCUUUCCCAGCCAGGGCGGUGACGCCAGCGCUGAGGUGGCAGAAUAUCUAGGGGGGCGAAAAGUUGUUCCACUGCCUACAUACUUCAUUGGAGAUUAUGGGUUUGGUUCUGAAAUAGUUCAGGCGAAGAUGGCGGAGAGCAGCGGAAGCGGCCCAGUCGAGAUAUGCCCCAACUUGUACUUCUUGGGCAGGGCUGGCAUCGCCGAACUUUCCGGUCUCCGAGUAGCCUUUCUCGCUGGAGAGUACGACCCUUUCUCGUAUCGCGCCGGCGCCGGCUCCGACGCGUCCGUACCCUCCAGUCAGCGGCACCAGGACUUUGAAGCACUUGCAGCGCUGGCGAAUGACAAUGAACGUCCAGUGGACUUUCUGCUGACCAAUGAAUGGCCCCGGGGGAUUCUCGAGGGGGUCGAUAAGGCGGAGGCACCGGCGGGGUUGGAUCCGGUCGCGGUCGGGAGCCCCGUUGCGGCGGAACUGGCAAAGGACUUGAAACCGCGGUAUCAUAUUGCCGGCACUGAGGAUGUGUUCUUCGCUCGAGCGCCGUACCGAAACCGGGGCCCUUCGCAACACGUGUCUCGCUUCAUCGGGCUCGCACGAGUUGGAAACGACAAGAAACAGAAAUACCUGCACGCCCUCAACCCCACCCCCUCGUCGCAACUCUCCCCCGCGGAUCUAGCGGCCGCCCCCCCGAACACGACGCCGUCUCCUUACGAGCCCCAACCCUCCACGAGCCAACCCGCCGCCCAGAACUCUAAACCCCCGGUUCCGGGGUCUGUGUUAAGCACGGGAGAACCCGAGGGGGGGCAGUAUUGGCGGUGGCAAGAGCAGCCCAAUAAGCGGCAGCGCACCGACGGGGGGGACAAGGUCUGCUUUGAUUUUCAAAAGGGGCGCUGCGAGAGGGGGGACAAGUGCAGGUAUCGACACGACCUGUCUGGUGCGGGCCCGACAGGCAGGGGUUCUGAAAGCGGGGGUCCAAGCAAGGGCCCGCCCGGCCCUCCCGCCCCGUGUUGGUUCUGCUUGUCCUCGCCGGACGUGGAGACGCAUCUCGUCAUCAGCAUAGCGGAGCACUCAUAUGUCGCACUAGCAAAAGGCCCCCUCAUACCCGGCCACGUGCUCGUCCUCCCCAUCGAGCACCACCCGUCGCUGGCGGCGCUUCCGCCGGACGUCUACGCCGAGAUGAUGCGCUACAAGGACGCGCUGCAAAAGUGCUUCGCCGCGCAGAACCGGGCGUCCAUCUGCUUCGAGCGCUACCUCCAGCUGCGCGCGGGCACGCAUGCGCACCUGCAGGUGUGCCCCAUCUCUCGAAGCGCCGCGGACAAGGCCCGCUUGCACUACGAGUCCGCUGCCGAGAAGAACGGGUUCCGGCUGGUUCCGGUUCCGGCCGAGGAGGGCGCGAACGGGGCGGAACAGCUGCGGAACGCUGUGGGCGGGCCGGGCAACUACUUCAUGGUGGAGCUGCCGGACGAGACUCGGCUCCUGCACGCCAUCAAGCCCGGGGAGAAGCUCCCCAUGCAGUUUGGACGUGAGGUUUUGGCUGACUUGCGGGGCACGCCUGAGAGGGCCGAUUGGCGCGCAUGCAAGCUGACCACCGAAGAGGAGACCGAGAUGGCUGACGCGUUCAAAGAAAUGUUCAAACCCUUCGACAUCAUGGAGACGUGACUUCCGAUUGCGGCCCUUCUAGAAAUUCGGUCUGAGAGCUUGGCUAACGUUGACCUCAGCAUCGAUGCUAAUUGGCUAGUCGUGAUUGGUUGCGACGCCAGAGCAGAAAAACUACAAACAUCUGUGAUGGUAGAGCGUUGACCCGCUAUGAAGGGCUCGGAAUGGAAGUAUCAUUCGAGGACAUGCGGAAUUACGAUGCUUCGGCCCAAACACGAACAUCGAUGCGGGGGCGUGAUCCCUCACCGUCAUGAUUACAUGAUUAUUUAUUGUCUGCG